CUAUUGGGGCACAUCAUUCGCCUCUCUCUCACUGCCCUGCAGAUUGAACCUGACAAUUGUGUUACAGAUUCACUCCAUAUCUAUGAUUCUCUCAUGCCCAUCAGAAGUAGGAAUUUAUACCGAGCCUGUGAAUCCUUUGGUUCUUUCCCAGUUUCUUUUGUAUCAACUGGCAAUGGCAUGUUUCUAUCAGCUCAAAUCCCUCAGAGUUCAUGGAAAGAAAGGAAAUAAAGGGAUAUUUUGAAGCAAUCCCCAAGAAAAAAUUUGAAAAUACUAUACUUUCCAUGGAUGGAAUGAGAUUGGAGGGAAACAUAACUAGUCCAUAUUAUCCAAGUUAUUUCCCUCUAAAAUGUAGUUCCACGUGGAUAUUUAAGACUUCUAUGCCUUUUGGAUUAGCGUUGAAAUUUCAGAACUAUACCUUGAAGGAAAAGGGAUUUGAACCAUGUGAUCAUGGCUGGUGGAAAAUAAAUGAAAAAAUGUACUGCGGUUAUCAAAUAGAUUACCAGACAGUUUUCCACAUAGCUAAUUUUCUGGUUAGUAUCACAUUCCAGUGCAGUGGAAAACAAUCAAGCAAGGCAUUUCUGGCUGAGUACAGCAGCUACAACAUCAGUCAACCUUGUCCUAAUGGAUAUUAUGUCUGCUCCACUGGUCUGUGCAUCCGACAGUCUCAACGUUGUGAUGGAUCAGAUGACUGCUUUGAUGAAAGUGAUGAAGUAUUUUGUUCUCUACCGCCAAAGGUGUGCAACACAAGUUCUCCACAUCACCACUACUUCAGCUGUGAUGGAGUCAAAGACUGUGAGAAUGGUACUGAUGAACUAAAUUGCACAGACUCUGUGCCCUGUACAAACAUCACCUAUAAAUGUAAGAAUAAUGUGUGUAUUCAGAAGAAGAAUGCUAAAUGUGAUGGAACUAUAGACUGCUUGGAUGGAAGUGACGAAAUGAGUUGUGAUUGCGGCAAUAAAAUACGGCACGGAAGCCGAAUUGUAGGAGGAUCCAAUGCGAAAGACGGAGAGUGGCCUUGGCAAGUCAGCCUUCACUUUUCUGGAUCACCUUACUGUGGGGCAUCAGUAAUAACAAAGGAGUGGCUUUUAUCUGCAGGACACUGCUUUCAAGGGGAAAAAAUGUCUGAUCCCAGACCAUGGAUAGCUCAUUUAGGAAUGCAUACUCAAGGAAAUGCAAGGUUUAAAAGUGAGCUCAAAAGGAUUCUUGUCCAUGAAUACUACAAUGGCCGGAACUUUGACUAUGACAUUUCACUGCUGAAACUGAAAACGCCUUGGCCAGACAGACCAACAGCAACAAUCCAACCAAUAUGUGUUCCUUCACUAGCUCAAAUGGUACCAAAUGGAGAGAGAUGCUGGGUAACUGGCUGGGGUCAAAAACAAGAAAGAGGUAACAGUGAUCCUACUGUUCUUCAACAAGCAGAGGUUGAGAUCAUAAACCAGUCCCUCUGUCGUUCCGCCUAUGGACUCAUCACUCCACGUAUGAUGUGUGCAGGAUUGUUAUCUGGGAAAAGAGAUGCCUGUCGUGGUGACUCUGGAGGACCAUUGGCUUGUCAAGAGAAAGUUGGUGGCAGAUGGUUUCUAACUGGCAUUGUGAGCUGGGGUCAUGGAUGUGGAAGACCACAUUUUCCUGGAGUCUACACAAGAGUGUCAAAGUUCGCUACAUGGAUCCAACAGCAUGUCUCUGCCUUGCCAAAAACUGAUGGUGUUACAUAUAGGGCGAUGCGAAUGCUUCCAAAGCCGCGGAUCAGUGAGGUCUUCACCAUUUCAGAGACAGCCGCUCACCAACAAAAACAAACAAGACCCACCUGUGCCCAGAACUAUCCUGUUGCAGAAUAUAACAAAGACACCUUGCUUUCCGAUCAGUGUCUCAAUCUUUCAUCGGCUCAUUCUGUGGAUCCAUUAGCACUCAAAACCUACCUCUGCCCUUUGAAGUUCUCCCACGGGCUGGCAAGAAGUGAACCCUACAGAAGAUGGAUCCUUGGCUCCCUGCCCAUAAUUCCUCUUUCAGCAGCAGCAAUCAUUGCGGUCCUUUGUUACUGCUUGUCUCCCGCUCUCUCCAUUUUUUAUCUGAGUGGAAGUCUAGAAAUCUCUAACCUCACCUACACCAAUGAAUUGGGAAACCCACAGUCAAAACAAUUUAUCUCACAAGCUCAAGCUGUCCAGAAUUAUUUUUCGGAACUAUAUGAGUCAUCUAUAUUGGGGAAAUAUUACCUGAAAUCAGUCAUUGCUACAUUUAGCGAAGGCGAAGAAGGGCUUCGAGCUUAUUAUUGGAGUAAAUUCUCAGCACCAGAAGACAUAGCACACUAUUUUAAAAAUACAACUACAUCUAAUUUGCAACAAGUCAAUGGAAAGAAGUUAAAAAUCCCCCUGUUGAACUCUUCUGAAGAGAUUUCCUCUGUUGAAGAAGAUUUUGAUGUUUACACAAUUGAGCUAUUUGUUUCAGGUUCUGAAGAAUAUGAUUUAACUGUCAAGUCAGCGAUUUCUUUUGAUCUGUAUGCAAAACCAGGCAACAAUCGGACACUGACGCUAACUCAGCCAAAAAGAUCCUACUACCAAUGGCGACUGCGAGUUCCGGCAGGCCAUAUUGUACAUUUAAUGAUUCUGACACUAUACGGGGCCGUUCCUGGAAACUGUGCCAUUCAUAAACUAUCAGCCUAUGAUUUUCUGCUUCCCAUACAGAACAAAAUAAUUGCACGGUGGUGUGGUUCACCUGUCAGUUGGGCUCCUCCAGUUAUCAAAUUGACUUCCUCUGGCAAUGUGAUGCUAGUGACAUUUUCAUCAAAAGUUCUAAGAGGCGGUGCUGUAUUUAAAGCAUACUUUGAAGCUAUUCGUAAAAGAGGUUGUGGUGGUAACGUCAUAUCCUGGAAUGGUUCAUUGAGCUCUCCCUAUUACCCUCGCUACUACCCACCCAAGAUUGACUGUACCUGGACUAUAACAACACCUGCUGUAGGGUACAUUAUAGCCCUUUCAGUUAUUGUUUUGGAAAUCCAAGAGAGAUCCCAAGGUUCAAACUACUGUGAUAGAGACUGGUUGGAGAUUGAUGGAAUCAGAUAUUGCAAUCGAUUAACUGCGGGUCGUUUUCACAAGAUUUAUGGAAGAUCUGUCAAAAUUAAGUUUUCCUCUGAUCAGUCUGUUACCCACAAAGGAUUUUAUUUGGAAUACAGAGCUUUUAGCCAUGAGGAUCCUUGCCCAAACCAAUUUAAAUGCAAGGAUGGAUCAUGUAUCUCUGUAAAGAGUCACUGUGAUGGAUGGACCGAUUGUCUGGAUGGCAGUGAUGAAUCAAAGUGCAAUUGCUACUUCACAUGCCCAGGUGGUACCUGCAUUCUCCACAGAUCUGUUUGCGAUGGAAUAAAUGAUUGUGCAGAUGAAAGUGAUGAACUAAACUGCACAAAGACACUCCAUAAAGGUUGCUCCUUGUAUUCAUAUAAGUGCCGCAAUGGGAAAUGUGUGAACAAAAUUAAUCCAGAGUGUGAUGGGAAAAGGGAUUGCCAGGAUGGUUCGGACGAAUCAGGCUGUGGGUGUGGAACAAGCCCAACCAAGAAAACAAAAAUAGUUGGGGGUGAAGAUGCCAAGAAUGGAAAGUGGCCUUGGCAAGUUAGUCUGCAAAUGGGAUUGUACGGACACAUAUGCGGUGCAUCUAUUGUCUCCAAUCGUUGGCUUGUUUCUGCUGGCCAUUGCUUCCAAGACUCUGACUCCAUAAGAUAUUCCACUUCAUCAGCUUGGACUGCAUAUCUGGGUUUGCAGUUAAUGAAUAGAAUGAAUUCCAGGAUAGUAACCAGAUCAAUUCGUAGAAUUGUUACCCACCCCAAAUACGAUGAAUUCACAUCAGAUUAUGACAUUGCACUGCUGGAACUGAAGACACCGGUCUUCUUCAGCGAUUCCAUCCAACCAAUUUGCUUACCAGCUGCUACUCACAUCUUCACUCCCACUGCAAACUGCUAUGUAACUGGCUGGGGCGUCCUGGGAGAAGACGGUGAGCUGGCCACUGUUCUUCAGGAAGCUAGUGUGAAAAUUAUUCCUCUUGGUAUUUGUAACAAGCUGUAUGAGAACUCUGUGACUUCCAGAAUGAUUUGUGCGGGCUACCUUCGGGGUGGGGUUGAUGCAUGCCAGGGAGACUCUGGAGGCCCAUUGGUGUGUCUGGGCAAAAGAAGAAGAUGGUUUCUAGCGGGAAUAGUUAGCUGGGGAGAAGGAUGUGCUCGACGUAAUCGUCCUGGAGUUUAUACUCGUGUUUCUAGAUUUUCUGACUGGAUCAAACAACAAAUUAAUUGAAACCUUGGAUUAUUCAACGAAGAUGUUCCUUAUGUUUCCUAAUUGGAUUAAUUUAAUAACUCAAUAUUUUUCACUUUCAAGUGAGCCUGAAACAUGAUUAUUGAUUCCAUCCACUAAUGCUUUGAAGAUUCAACGGCCAGUAACAGCCAUUGUCAGAACAAAAACUGUGGUAGGAAAAACAUACACAAAACAAUGGUUAAUAGUAUGUGAAUGAUUCCUACUAAGAAGACAUUUAUAAAUGAAUUGAGUUCUGCUAAUAGCUGGCAAAAUAGAGGCAUAAGAAUAGUACCUAUGUUAUAUGUCAAGGUUUUAUUACAGUGCAAUAUCUAUACUAGCUUUAUCAAGUAAUUGUUUUAGAGGUUUCUAUUCUUAUUUUAAAAGAGGACAAUGUGUAGUGCUGUUACACUUGGUAGAUCAAUUAGCUUUACUAUUUACUAAUUAGGGUUGUGAAAGCGCAUUUAUUUUGAAAUAAUAAUUAAAUUUUUCAAGGACAAUUGACAAUUAUGUUUGUGAUUGUGAUCUUUCAUAAUUUUCCAAAUAAUUUCAUGCCAAAUCUUUGCAUAAAGUCUAAAAAUAUUCAGUUAUUUUUGUGAUUUCCUGUCUAUUUUAAUUGGCACAAAGCAUGAACACAGGAAAAAUCCAUCAUUGCAUGCUUUGCUGCACGUUAGAGUCAUUGAGCACAACACGGAAACAGGUCCGGCCUACCUUGACCACGCAACCAAAUUGGCAUAUUAUUGGUUGUCCUAUUUGCCUGCAUUUAGCCCAUCUAUAUUACUAAAAGUCUGAUCUUGACCACUUCCUGUU